GCGCUUUAGGGCGGAAGCGAGAGUCCGCAGCGGCACGUGGGGUCUGGGGCGAUGGAGGGGGCGAUGCUGGCUGACGCCAAGAUCCGCACUGAGUCCGGAACAGAGUCUGGCCCACGGGUCUCGGGCUGCAGCCUCCGGCACUUUGCGUGUGAACAGAACCUGCUCUCCCGGCCUGACGGCUCUGCUUCUUUCCUGCAAGGAAAGCAAGAUGUGCAUGAGACCUCCCCUGCUGUCUCCCCAGGGGAUACGUCGGUCCUGGCGGGCGUGUAUGGGCCAGCCGAGGUGAAGGUCAGCAAAGAGAUCUUCAACAAGGCCACCCUGGAGGUGAUCCUGCGGCCAAAGAUCGGGCUGCCUGGCGUCGCGGAGAAGAGCCGGGAGCGGCUGAUCAGGAACACGUGUGAAGCUGUGGUAUUGGGAACGCUGCACCCCCGCACCUCCAUCACUGUGGUGCUGCAGGUCGUCAGCGAUGCUGGCUCUCUCCUGGCCUGUUGCCUGAACGCCUCCUGCAUGGCCUUGGUGGACGCAGGGGUGCCCAUGCGGGCCCUCUUCUGUGGGGUCACCUGUGCUCUGAACUCUGACGGCACCCUUGUGCUGGAUCCCACAGCCAAGCAAGAAAAGGAGGCCCGGGCAGUCCUGACCUUUGCGCUCGACAGCGUGGAACGGAAGCUGCUGAUGUCCACCACCAAGGGGCUCUACUCCGAUGCUGAGCUGCAGCAGUGCCUGGCCGCGGCCCAGGCUGCCUCGCAACACGUCUUCCACUUCUACCGGGAAUCGCUGCAGAGGCGUUACUCCAAGAGCUGAGACAAGCCGGGGCAGGGCGCCCCUCCCGUGGCCGCCGCCGCCCCCCACUACCUCCACGGAAAAUAAACCAGCAGCCGGCCUCGCCUCUCA